AUGACCACGGCCUACAUCGUCGAUCUCGACCCUGUAACAGAGAGGUACCAUCGAUCUACCAACGCAUCGCGUCGACAGCUUUCGAUCAGGGACAAUGGAUCAGGGACAAUGGCGGGUCAGGGGGCUGACUGCUCCGUAGGAAUACCCAUUAUUAGUGAGGUUUUCAACAAGAUGCUCGAAGUCGUCAAGAAAGAUGGACCGAGAGGUUUGACAUUUUCAAUGACGCCAAAUUACCACGAAUUCAACGAUAGUUAUGGCCUGCCGUGGUUCAAUCACUACUUCCUUCAGGAGUUCAUUCCAUCUCAACCCGAGAUCAAGGCAAGAUUGGAGAGUGGAAUUCGGAUGCUUGACGUCGGGUGCGGUCGCGGUGCUGCAAUGAAAAUGCUGGCCCAGAGUUUUCCCAACAGCCAUUUCGUCGGUCUUGACAUUGACCAGUGCAACGUGGAUUGGGCCUAUAAGGAUGUAGCCACGCUUGGUCUGAAGAACCUUGAGUACGUCUGCGCCGACGCCUCUGCGAUGCCUAACGACUGGACCUCGACUUUCGACUACGUUUUCUUCUUCAACCUCCUCCACGACACACCCCGACCUGACCUGAUCAUUGAUGACGUCAAGAGAGUGAUGAAGAAGGAUGGAAUCAUGUCGGUGAUCGAGCUGUAUGCUGAAUCGAAACACGCCGAUAACCUUGGAGAUCCGAACGCCUCGUUUAUUUACACCGACAGCUUGUUUUACUGUCUGCCGAUGUCCAACAACCAUCCUGGCUCCAUGGCUCUAGGUGCGAUGUGGGGCAAGGACAGCAUAAAGAAGUUCCUGGAAGGAAAGGGUUUCAAAGUGAAAGCAGUCAGCACACUCCCCAUGAUGCCACAACUUCACUUCCUGUCUGAAUUAAUGUAAAUCAAAGCUUGCAAAAGAAAAGGUGUGGAUGGGGUUCAUAUAAACGGGGAAAAUAUAAACAACUUAUCAUAUGGUUAUGAUUCCCGUAUGGUGUGUUUGGGGUGAAUAGGGGCCCAAUUCGUGAAAAAAUUUUGAGCGGCGAGUCAGCGAGCC